UUGGGCGUGUGUGCCGGUAUUCGUGUGUAUCUGCCUGCGUGUGUAUUUUAACCAAUUUUAAUCAAUUUCUGUUGUUGUCGUUGUUUGCACGAAGCAACCCGCAGAAAAAAAGAUCAGAAAAGCCGCUGCUAUUCACCAGCACUGCCAUGGACCGCGACGAGCACCACAUUAAUGGACUGUUCCGUGCCACAGUAGAGGGCACCAUAGUAAACAAAUAGGCGCCGACAGACCAACCGACAGACUGGCCAAUAAAUAAAAGAACUGCCAAUAUAGCAAUCAUUUUCUUACUAUAUACUGUUAUGCAUUCCAUCGAGCAAGGAGAACGACUAUAUUUGCUGCGACUUGUUAAAUCGAACUCGUUAGUAAUUCUGGCGAUUUGUCCUCGCACAUGACCAUAAGGAGAGUGCUAGAGGAAAUGAAGUAGUAAAAUUUAGAAGUACACCAGAACGACUCUUGUGUGAAGACAAGGGUGUAGUAUCAUCAACGCCGUCAACAUGAAGUAUCUUUCUGAGGAACGUAAGUCUGCUCUCCUUGAUCGCAUUCGGAAUCAGACGCGCCGAUUACAUAUGCUUAAGAGUCGACACAGUAGAAUCCUGCCCGCCGUUGGGGCCGCUGUUGCACACGUACAGGCUAACUGUGAUGCAGCACUUGCCGCAGACUCUGAACGUUUGCUGAUGCGAGCGAGCAAUCUCGCGCGUACAUGGAUUAACGCAGCCGAUCCCAAUGAGGAGCUUGAAAUGGAAAUUGACCAGCUGUUAGUGUAUCUCGAGCGGCGUCGCUAUCCUCGACGAUGGAUCAACGGUGAUCUAAAGACACUGGAUGCUCCGCUCGACGGGCUUGUUCGUAAUCAUAAUAACAAUAAUAAUAAUGUUAAUGAUGAGGAUGAUGAUGAAGAUGAAGAGAAUAAUGCUGAACAAGAUGAUUAAAUCCGAGCUUCAGAUCAAUAACACGAAGAACAAGAGGAAAUAAUUUAAAAAAUAAUGAAGAGGGUUGUUCAAAGGAUAAGCUAGUUCCAUAACAGUAAUUCUGUCCACUCAAUUUCACUAAUAGGUACGGCACCCAAAUUAAAACUUUUCUUAUCUUUUUUCUUGAAACUGUAUCUAAAUAAAAACAGAUAUGACAACGAAAUUUUCCACAAGUGCCAGAAGUGUCAUUCCUGACGGUCUUGUUUAUCCUGUAUAACCAUUAUUCAUUGCCAUUCAAUUUGGGAUCCAAACCAUUUACUAGUUUCAAAGUAUUCCUUCUUUAAGUGUCAAGAGAUAUUCAUAGGCAUAGUGUCGAUAAAAAGUUGCAUAAAUAAUCUACAUACAAAAAAUUCGAGCGGAAUUAAACUUUAGGCUAAUGGCGGGCCAGAGGCCCGAAAAUGCAAGGACUCAAAGUGGCCAAAAUGUACGAAAAGUGCCAAAAGGCGCAAAAAACUUUAAAAGAGUAAUUAUUGGAUUUUACCUGAAUGAUCGGAUUGACAAUGAUUAUUUUCCUCUCCGAACCAGCCGUUUAUUCCUGUAUAAAAAUCCACGUAUAUUAAAAAUGAUGUUUUAAGCCAUUUUGAUAAAUUUUUAAACUCUUUGAAGCUAAUCUUGAUUCACGAUAUUCCGGCUUGCCUCGUAGAAAUCUUCCUUGAACUUUUCGAAACUUGCGCGAAAAACUAGCAACAACGUAGGUCGUUGACUUUGGGCAAAAAAUAAAGUUUUUGAUCUUAGUUGGGAUUCGUUUAGUCCGAAGAGACUGAAUAAUAGCUUAUUAUCGUUCAAAUCGUGAAAACGACCCAGUAUCUCCUUAGAUGCCGAGUCAUGCUUUUAUCUGUUACCAAGAACAUUUGUCUAUUACUAUGAACGACCCGCCGAAGUUUUCCUAAUUCUAGUAUGGUACCCUUUAUAUAUAUAGCGCAUACUGAGAAUAAACGGCGAUGCUUUAUGAACAACGUUCAAAAACAUAAAUACACAUACAAACACAAAUAAUAAUGAUACUAAUCUAUAUUUAUAAUAGAAAGUAGUUUUAAACGUACUUGUGUUCCAUUAUUAAAAAUAUGCAAAACGAAUGUAGCCUCACAACAAAUAACAACAAUAUGUAUUCCGGUGAGGCACCGUUAAUAAAACAUGAAAAUAGAGAAGAGUCUGCUAAUAUAAAACCCUUUGAUCAGACUAUGACAAUAAAGGCUGGUGAUCCUAUGCGAUAGGCGAGCACCAAUUACUGCGGUGUCUGCAUUGAAAAUACAGAAGCGUUUAGAUCUAAGAUAUCCGAACAUAUGCACCAUACAUUCGUAAUUAUGUAUGUGUUAAUGGUCAGCAAAAAGAAACACUUAAGCUUUGUAAAUAUCAUAAAUCGCUGCGAUACAUUACGGAGUUUUCAAUACAGAGAGCAAAAGAAAUUUCCCCAGAAUGGUUCAUACAGAACUUCUGAUGGGCUCAUAAAUUAAUACAGUGUUUGUUUCUUCGAUGUCUGACCUGUUCAUCAAGCUUUGUAGGAAUGGUGAAGUGUAAGCGCAGGACGGACCAACUAAACUAGGCUAAUUUUAUUUGAUAGAUAUUAACUGAUACAUCCUUAUACUAUAUAAUAGUGUUUUAUAUUCGUUUAACAGGCUUGCUGAAACAAACGAUCAUUAUAAUUUUAUUUCUUAUUAAUAUAAUAAUGUACUGAAUAUCAAUGUACAGAAAAAGUAAAUAGAAUAGGUAAUUAUAAUUGAGAUGGCAUGAUAACAUUAGUACGGGAAAGGGUGUACAUAAUUAGGCCUCCAGUUUAUGAAGAGAGCCAAUUUUAAUACAAAAACCCAUAAUAUAAUCCAUUAGAAGCAAUGAAUGCGCUAUAAUCACUUUAGAAGUAAAAAUAAGCUUCAUUAUCUUAUAAUCAGUACCUACUUAAUAUAAGUAUCUAUUGGUUAUAUGAAAACCAAUCAAUGCAAAAAUUGCUCAAGUACCCAUAUUAAUGAUGUAAUAAAGGGUUAUUGGCUACAACUACAAAUAUCUAAGCACUAUUUGAAUCUGCUAUAGUUCUCUAUAAAAUCACAAAACAGUUAUGAA